AUGGAAAGUGCACUAAAGUCGCCAUUGACGAGACAAAAUCUCGAACUCAAUAAAAUUCUCAACAAUUAUUGGAUUAUUUGUGAGAAAAGUUUGCAGGUGCAUAAAUUUGCGAAAGAGUUGGAAUGCUCAUUCGAGAGUUUGGAUGCAUUGCUCAGUUCGAAUCGUAAUUUCACCAACCCGAAACUCACCGCACAAAUGAACGAAGUUUUUAGGAUGAUUGAAGAGACGCUCACUCAAGAGAGACAACAAGGCGAGAAAUUUGUGUCAUCCGUGAAAGAGUCAGCAAAAACCGAUGCGAAGUUACGCGUCGAGAAUGCGAUUGAAUGGGUGCACAACAUGUUGAAUGAACAUGAACGCAGAUUCUAUACGGUUAACGAACACUGGCGAAACUGGCAAGACAAUCGAGUUCAUGAAGAGAAAGUUGUUCGUAUGGUUGAGGAGGUUCAAAUGUGGCAAGAGGAAUCAGUGGAGAUCGUACGUAUAUUGAUUGACAAAGCAAAACAGGCAAAAACAGAACUCGAACGGAAAGAAAUCAAAAGGAAAAUGGACGAAGUUAUUAAGCAACUACCAAAACAAAAAGAUCGAUUACAUGAAGCUGAACAGAUCACAAAAUCAGCUCAGAGUAAUUUCCAUCCCUUAAUUCUGCUCCUUGAGCUCAAAGUUAAUCUUACAAGUGACGAGGCGUUUGAACGUGUUGAAAUGGCAAAACGCAAAUGCCGCGAUUUGGAGGAACGUGUGACCGAAUUGCGUAGUACAGUUGAAACACUUGAGCAACUUGCGGUCCAGCAAGAGAAAGAAGUAAUUCGUGCACCUGUAUUCACUGUUCAAUUACGUGACGCUCAAGUCGACGAAGGCUCUCGUUUCGAGUUCAGCGCUUCGGUAGACGGUCAACCUACACCACACAUCCAAUGGCUCAAGGAUGGAAGAGAUGUACGGGAUAAUGUAGACUACCGACAGAAUUAUUCGAAAGGUGUCGCGACGCUAACAAUUGAAGAAACCUUCGUUGAGGAUACGGCAACUUAUACGAUUCUUGCUGAGAACACUGGUGGAAAAGCUCAGUCAUCAGCACGUCUCAUAGUAAAAUGUUAG